UACUUAUAGGCAAGUCCUUUAUGCUGAACUUUUUCCUGCGAUACCUGCAGUCCGGUUGCGGCACAACCGACGACUGGCUCGGCUCGACAGACACUCCACUCAAGGGGUUCUCGUGGAGAAGCGGCCGAAAACUUGACACCACAGGUAUACUGAUGUGGUCGGAGCCGUUUGUUUUCAAACUAGAUGAUGGCCAGGAGGUGGCCAUCGUUUUGAUGGAUACUCAGGGAGCCUAUGAUUCGGGGUAUACUGUCAGACAUUCGGCCACUGUGUUCGCGCUGUCAACUAUGACUUCAUCCAUACAGGUGUUUAAUCUGAUGCGCAAUCUCCAGGAGGACAACCUCCAGGUGCUAGAAAUGUUCACAGAUUUCGGACAGCAAGCGAUAAAGGCCACCGGCGAGAAACCUUUUCAAAAGUUACUGUUUCUCAUAAGGGACUGGAGUUUCCCACACGAGCACCCGUACGGUCUGACCGGUGGUCAGGGGUUGUUGGAUGAAAAGUUGAUCAUUAAAGAGGAUCAGGCUGAACAGUUAAAGCAAAUUCGCCGCCACAUCGGGUCGAUUUUUAGCAAGAUUGGGUGCUAUUUGAUGCCAUAUCCGGGCAAAACUGUGGCCACUAAUCCCCGCUUUGACGGCCGAGUGGUCGAUAUUGACUCGGAGUUUGUCGACUAUCUGAAGGAGUUUGUGCCGCUGAUGUUAAACCCCAAGAAUGUGGUCGUGAAAAAGAUCGGCGGCCAACAAGUCACCGGCAAACAGUUGGUCAAGUAUUUCAAAUUGUAUUUCAAU